GUGAUGCGAUUUAAAGAUGGCGGCAUCGAAUAACAGGCGGAGAGAAAGCACUUUAUCAAAAUUAUCAUGCACGCGGUGUUGCGGCGAUCUGUUCGGGUAUUUGCUACGGCUCCGUGUCAGCCCGGAAGAGCUCGAGCAGCGGUAUAAAUCGCGCGAAAUCGACAAAUUUCUCGAGAAAGAUAAACAUGCGUUCCGGCGACAGGUCAAGUUGCUGUUGCUGGGCGCAGGCGAAUCCGGUAAAUCGACGUUUCUCAAGCAGAUGCGAAUCAUCCACGGGAUCAACUUUGAGCCCGAACUAAUUAGAGAAUACCAACAUGUGAUCUACCAAAACAUAGUCAAAGGCAUGCAAGUGUUGUGUGACGCUAGAGAUAAGCUAGAUAUACCCUGGGAGCACCCGACAUCGCAGCUAGCCGCGAACGAAGCGAUCAUGUUUCACAGCGGCUGCCUGCUGGACGCAGAACAGUUCCACCAGUACGUUCCGCUCAUUAACAUCCUGUGGACGGAUGGCGCCAUCCGGAAGGCGUACGAUCGACGAAGGGAGUUCCAAAUUAGUGAUUCUGUUAGUUAUUUCCUAGAUGAAUUAGACCGAAUAUCGAGGUUAGAUUACAAACCCACCCAUCGUGAUAUUUUGCACUGUCGCAAAGCAACUAAAGGUGUAUUUGAGUUUACGAUAAGGAUACAGAACAUUCCAUUUGUGUUCGUUGACGUCGGAGGCCAGAGAACACAGCGCCAAAAAUGGACCAAAUGUUUCGACUGCUCCGUCACGUCGAUUCUGUUUCUCGUAUCGACCUCCGAGUUCGAUCAGGUGUUAGCUGAGGAUAGGAAAACGAAUCGUUUGGAAGAGUCACGCAACAUCUUCGAUACGAUCGUGAACAAUACCACGUUCCAGGGUAUUUCGAUCAUACUGUUCCUCAACAAGACGGACCUCCUGCAGCAGAAGGUGAAAAACCCGGAGACGGACAUCCGCUGGUACUAUCCACAGUUCACCGGCAACCCCCACUCGAUCCUCGACGUACAGAACUUCAUCCUGCAGAUGUUUAUGAACGUGCGGAAAAACACCAAAACGCCCAUCUACCAUCACUUCACCAAUGCGGUCGAUACGCAAAACAUCCAGGUCGUGUUUAGUUCGGUGAAGGACACCAUACUGCACCGCAACCUGUCCGCGCUGAUGCUGCAGUAG